AUGUACUACGAUUGUAGAUACAUUUCUCCAUGUGAAGCGGCAUGGAGAUUGUUUGGCUUUGACAUUCAAUUGAGAGCUCCCCCAGUUGAACGUUUGAGCUUCCACCUUCCUGGGCAACAAAGUGUCAUAUUUGCAGAUGAUGAUCCUGUUGAGAAUGUUGUAAAUAGGCCAACUAUAGCCCAUAGUAUGUUCAUGGAAUGGUUUGAAGCUAAUAGAACCUACCCAGAAGCAAGAGCAUUGACUUAUGCUGAAAUGCCUACUAGAUUUGUGUGGAAGAAAGAUAUUAGGAAAUGGAGUCCAAGGAAAAGAGGAUUUGCAAUUGGUAGGGUUUUUUAUGUUCCUCCUGGUACCGGAGACAUAUAUUAUCUUAGAUGCCUAUUGAAUAAGGUGCGGGGGCCCAUGAGUUAUUCAGAUUUAAUGAAAGUAGAUGGUGUGCAGUUUGGUUCCUUCAAAGAUGCAUGUUAUGCCAGAGGGUUAAUAGAUGACGACAAAGAAUACGUCGACGCUAUUAUAGAAGCCAGUGACUGGGCAACAGGAAUUCAUUUGAGAAGAUUGUUUGUAACUUUGUUAAUGUCAAACUCUUUUGCAAGACCUGAUGCGGUUUGGGAUGCUGUGUGGCACUUGCUAUCUAAGGACGCUCAAUUUCACGUGCGAAGAAAUUUGAACAUGCCAGAGUUGUUGUUGAUUGAGGAAGAAGAAAAAAAAUUUACUUUAUUGGAAAUAGAAAGAAUGCUAUCCCCCUUGGGAAAAAGUUUGAAAGAUUUUCCUAAUAUGCCAUUGGCGAAUGAAGAAUGUUACAACUUGGCAUCAGAUAAGUUAAUACAAGAGGAGUUGUGUUACGAUCGUGAUGCUCAGAAGGUAGAGAAUGAAGUUUUGGUUAGCCAACUUACUGACGAACAAAGGAAAAUAUACAAUGAGGUCAUUCAAAAUGUUGACAACAACACUGGGGGUUUGUUCUUUGUAUAUGGCUAUGGUGGAACAGGAAAGACCUUUUUAUGGAGAGCAUUGUCUUCUUUUUUAAGGGCCAAAGGCGAUAUAGUUCUAAAUGUUGCAUCCAGUGGCAUUGCCUCACUUUUAUUGCCGGGUGGGAGAACUGCACAUUCAAGGUUUGCUAUACCCAUCUCUAUUAAUGAAGAUUCAACCUGCAACAUUAGUCAAGGAAGCCCUUUGGCAGAACUUAUUGUUUAUUACAAAUUGAUUAUAUGGGACGAGGCUCCUAUAAUGCAUAAGUACUGUUUUGAGGCUUUAGACAAGACAAUGAGAGAUUUGUUAAGAUUCAAGAAUGAAAACAGUUAA